CAUUAUUUGUUCUUUUUUAUUUCUUUUUUUAAACAUGCGCGGAGCUGCGCAUCCUUUACCUUGGCCAUGUCGAAAACAACUCUCCUCAACAUGGAUAGUUUCGAGGACCGCCCCUCCCUAUCCCCUUUUGAAAUGGAACAAAUGAAAACCAUGCUGGAACUUCCUGAUGAAUUUGAGCUUCACUCUUGUGGAAAGGCUGACUGCUGGAUUCUGAGCAAGAUAAGUUCCCUGAAUCGGAUGAUUUUUCCUGCUUCUGUUGAAGAACGGCGAAAAGGGGAGGUUACAUUGACUUGCGAUCUAAGUACUCGUACGGCAAGUGCGACAGCAAUAAGGUGGCACUGAUAGCGAAAGCACUGAAGAAGAACACGUCUAUUAAGACGCUCCUUCUUGCGGGCACUGCAAUGGGGAAUGCCGGCUUCCUCGCUGUCACAGAUAUGUUAGAGCACAACAAGACCCUGUCAGCUUUGGACAUCUCGAACAACUACAUCAAUUUUGAGGAGGCGUCGCAGAUCGCUGGACCACUGCGGACCACCACCACAUUAAAGAGCCUGAACCUGCGGAAAUGUAGCGUCCCUUUUGCAGCCCUACGGGACAUUGUUGCAGCGCUGAAAGACAACCCUCAAGCACCAGUCGUAGAUCUUGGAAACCUAUCACCUUUCGGUUACACGCUAUCAGAUGUUGCAGAGCUUGUUGUUAAGGAGAAGGUAGACAAACUGCACUUCUUCUGGACUGGAGAAAUUGUCUGGAGCAUUCCUGACUGGUGUAAUAAAGUGGAAGAUAUCGUCGUAACUGUCGAAAGUGAAGACGAUGACACACUGGAAGAUGUGUGCGCUUACCUCGAGCAGGGUUCAGCCAGAGUUAAGAGCCUCAGCAUUGUGUGCGAAGACAAAUCCUGCGAGACUUGUUUCGAGGUAAGGGAUUUGCUUCUCCGCAACUACCUAGUAGAAGAACUCCGCAUAAACCUGAGACCAGUACCAGCUGACGCUCUGAAAGCACUGACCGAAGGUAUCGGAACGAAUGCACACCUCCGAAGCCUUCAUGUCUGCAUCAGGAACAGAUGGGGAGCACAAUAUCGUGCGUACGUUGAGGAGGCUGUCUGGUUCACCAAAGCCCUCGAACGGAAUAGAACUUUGGAGGUGUUCGAAUGUGACUUUGCUUUUGACGACGACGCCGUGCGGUAUAUUUCAGAGCACCUCUACACAAACUACGCCCUAGUCAAGUUCCAGUUUCGCAAAAAGCACCGUUACGAGAAGCCUUGCUGGCAUGUCAUUGGGAAGAGGAACGCAGCGCUACACCAGCAAGCCACGCAUUUUGUCUUGGAAGAGUCCACGAAGAAACGCUGGGCCGCAGCAUUUUCGCUGACACACAACACUGGUACCCUGCGUAGGACGCUGGAAAAGGCAACGGGGAAGAGCGUGGAGGAAGUGGAGCGCUUGAUAAGGGCAAAGGUAUUCCACCUGCGGGUCAACUUCUUCAAGAUCACGGAGGUCGUGAAGGAAAGGGUCGUCUGCAACGCAGCGCCGCUCGGCGUCGUGCAGAUCGACAGGUUGGAUCUUCCCCUUCUCGCCCACAUUGCCUCCUUUCUACACGUGGGUGACGUCCAGUGGCCGCUGUGUGACAGAAUGCGUGUCAUGACUCUCAGUGCCGAAAGACUUCACGCUGUGCUGCAAGGUGCAGAGGCGUUCAUGUGAUGUGUGUGAAACCGUAUCGUUACUUCCAGUCCGUCAUAAUUUUUUCGUGUGUACGCAGGGAGCCCGGUAGUACAACGCAGGACUUAACGACCCGUUACUCUUACAAAAUGUCUGGAAACGAGUUUGUUGCAAGAAAUGGAUUGAUGUGCCCAAAUGUGAUGUAUGUCUGAAGAAAAAGCAUAAUGUGGUAGCCAGAUUUCGGAUUUUAACGAACAACCAGGCUCAUGAUUCAGGGCAGAAGCUUGUCAGUGGUUCUUCAGCUGCAGAGCCUACAAACAAAUAAAGGAGGGUAAAUUGCACGAUUAAAACGCACGGCCACCACAUAGCCAACAGGGCACGCGUGUGAAAGACACCUCUCCAGGUGGAGCUGCUGUCUGAACUUUGUUCGAUGUGCAAUGUCCUGCGAAACGUUUGCAGUGAAUGCUCAUUUUGAGGCAUAGUAUUUGAUUUCGUCGUCAUUUCUUUGGUAGAGGGUGCCAGUCGUACAGGAUCUUCCUUUUACUUAUAAGCGUCAGUGACUAGCUUAAAUGUGCAAGCUGUGCACACCAAGUACAUUUGUUGAAAGCGUUCGUACUGGAAAUGUGUAUCAAUUACGCGUGACAGGCACAGAGAUGAUGUUAUCACCAGUUAUGCUGUAUCGUGUGGGCCGACAACAAGAAAGUAUAUGCCUUCACAUGCAGCAUUUGUGCCAACUUUUGCCCUGUAAUCGAGAAGAGUGCAGGAUGUGCUGGAAGCCAUGUUGUCCAUUGAGCAACAAUGUGUCUUUGAAUUGUGAAAAGGAUUUUCAGGGCAUGUAGAUGUGUUAUGUGUUUGUUAAUUCUACUGAACUGUUAUGCUACUUUUUAUUUUUGCAUCAUCUUUCUUUUUGUUUUGCAUCAGGUAAUCUUGUUACAGCAAAAACCCAGUUACUGGGCAGGAGAUAAAGCGGACAAUCUGGA